GUCCGCCCUUAUAAUCUGCGACGUGGCCGGCUUCUUCUGCCCAGAGAGGACGUCACUUCCGCCGAGUCCCUGACCUGCUGCUAGGAUCGCGACGGGAACUGGAACCUGAGGUCCCCGCGCCGUCCGGGCCUGGCGCCCAGAGGGGAAGAACGGCCCGGCCGAGGGUGCUAGGGUGGAGACUGCCCCUUCCCUAGCCAUGACGGACGGGAUCCUAGGGAAGGCAGCUACAAUGGAGAUCCCUAUCCAUGGGAAUGGUGAAGCUGGGCAGCUUCCUGAAGAUGAUGGGCUGGAGCAGGACCUCCAGCAGGUGAUGGUGUCAGGACCCAACCUCAAUGAAACCAGCAUUGUUUCUGGUGGCUAUGGGGGCUCUGGUGACGGACUCAUCCCAACAGGAUCUGGCCGCCAUCCAUCUCACAGCACCACUCCUGCUGGCCCUGGAGAUGAGGUAGCUCGGGGCAUCGCUGGAGAGAAGUUUGACAUCGUCAAGAAAUGGGGCAUCAACACAUAUAAGUGCACAAAACAACUGUUAUCAGAGCGAUUUGGCCGAGGCUCUCGGACUGUGGACCUGGAGCUAGAACUGCAGAUCGAGUUGCUCCGUGAGACGAAGCGCAAGUAUGAAAGUGUCCUGCAGCUGGGCCGGGCACUGACAGCCCACCUCUACAGCCUGCUGCAGACCCAGCAUGCACUAGGUGACGCCUUUGCUGAUCUCAGCCAGAAGUCCCCAGAACUUCAGGAAGAAUUUGGCUAUAAUGCAGAGACGCAGAAGCUUCUGUGCAAGAACGGGGAGACGCUGCUAGGGGCUGUUAACUUCUUUGUCUCUAGCAUCAACACGCUGGUCACCAAGACCAUGGAAGACACACUCAUGACUGUUAAACAGUAUGAGGCUGCCAGGCUGGAAUAUGAUGCCUACCGAACAGACUUAGAGGAGCUGAGCCUAGGCCCCCGGGAUGCAGGGACCCGUGGUCGACUUGAGAGCGCACAGGCCACCUUCCAGGCCCAUCGGGACAAGUAUGAGAAGCUUCGGGGAGAUGUGGCCAUCAAGCUCAAGUUCCUGGAAGAAAACAAGGCUCAGAGCUCUCAAAAAGGGCACCUGAGUCCAGCCUUAGCUGACCCUGCUGGACCCCCAGAUCAAGGUGAUGCACAAGCAGCUGCUGCUCUUCCACAAUGCGGUGUCAGCCUACUUUGCUGGGAACCAGAAACAACUGGAGCAGACCCUACAGCAGUUCAACAUCAAGCUGCGUCGUCCAGGAGCUGAGAAGCCCUCCUGGCUAGAGGAGCAGUGAGCUACUUCCAGCCCAUCUUGGCUAUCAAGAAGGACACUGGGAAGGGCAGCCCCAGUGGAGGAGAUUGGACAUGGGACAUCCCUUGCCAUUUGCCCUCUGGCUUGGGCUCCCUUUCCCUUGCUGGGAUCUGAUGGAAGUUUGGCCCGUACUACUGUGGUAUGAAGAGGGCCUUUAGGUCCAGAAGCUGCUGCCCUGUCUUUCAUUUUUGUGGCCACUGGGCUUCAUUCCCAGAUCUUUUCCUUCCACUCCACAACCAAAAGCUAUGACAGAACCACUCCCUGGCCAAUGGCAUCACUCCUCAGGCCUAUCCCCAGCUCCUGGGGUGUACCCCCUUGACCAAUGACAGAGCCUCAAAAGGCCUUGUCAGCCAAUGGCAGCUCUACUGGGGCUCCUUUGGGCCAACGAUGUUGCCUCCAAUACCCUUUGUCCCUCCUCUAUGCGUGCCCACUGCAGAGAAGGGGACUGGGACCAAAGCAGGUGGGGAUAAUGGGGAGCUCCAUUUCUGGCCGGCAUCUGACUGGGCCUCCUCUCACCCACCCACCCAGUUUAAUUGUGCGUAGAACCCAGGAAGAUUGGGAUCUAGCACUAGGAAUAAACCUUUCAUAAAAGCA